AACACAUUAAACGACCACAGGUUAUUUAUUUCUCUUGUUGAUAGUGUAGUUUCUUUCAAACAUUUUCUUUUUAAAUAAUUGAAAUAAAUAUUUUUUAAACAUGACAUCUGAAUCCAACGUAAAACCCAUGAGUUUAUCGAAAGGAAAUGAAUUUGUUGGAACAGGAAUUCCUUCACUGGACGCUGUUAUAGGUGGAGGGUAUCCUGUGGGAUCACUUGUUCUGAUAAAUCAGGAUGAAGAAGGCAUUUAUUCAGACCUAUUUAUGAAAGUGUUUAUAGCCCAAGGUCUUGUUAAUGAUGAUCAUCUGAUUUUUGCUAGUAAUGACUGUGAUACAAAACGAGCGGUUGAACAUUUACCAUGUCUUGCUGAUGUUGAAACUGAAGAAUUGGAAAAAGUGCCCUCUGGAUCAAUGCAAAUAGCCUGGCGAUAUGAAAAACACUACAAACCCCGCAUAGAAGUUAAUCGGUACAGGACUUUGAGUAAUAAUUUCUUCUUCAAACGCUCAGGUUUGCAGGAUAAAUUCAACAGUUCAAAUAUAACUCACUGGCCUGGAAAUGGCCCUGGCACAUUUCAAGAUUUGGAGGAAACUAUUUUGACAGCUUUAAGAGUUAAUAAUUUUCAAAAUAACCGAAAGAGAGAUGAUAAAAGCAUAUUACGGGUUGCCAUACAAAACUUAGGUUCAUUUUUUUGGAACAAUAACCAAAAGGAAAUACCACGUUUUCUCUUUCGGCUGAGGUCGAUUUGCCACUCUUCAAGAGCUGUUUUCCUUAUUACAAUGCCAAAACAUCUUAUGGAGGAGGAUUAUUUUUCUACAAGAAGUGAGCAGAUGAGUGAUAUAGUAAUUUCAUUAGAAGCUCUAAACGGAGAUGCAAAUCCGCUUUACAGCGAAUAUAACGGACUAAUCAAGUUCAUUAAAGUCAGCCCUAUCAGAACCCUUUGUCCGAGUGUAACAGAAGGCAAAGAUUGGGCUUUUAAACUGGUCAAGAAAAAGCUAAUCAUAGUGAGGUUAACACUUCCACCAGAACUAAAUGACUCGACUCAAAGGGAACAAGAUACUUUUUCAUGUGCUACAUCGAACAAAAUUUUACAGUUUUAAUGUAACAUUUUUUAUGUAAAUGUGUAAAUAAAGUUAUACUUUUUUUUUUUUUAUAUCAAAAAUAAGUUUUAACUGAGGGACUAUGGUGGCUGUCAUUAGGACCUCCAAUUCAUGUUUGUCAUG